AUGAUCACGGUAACCCCCGCGCCAGGUAAGUAUGCUCAAUUCCGGGAUCAUGGACUACUUGUCAAUUCAGCGCCGACAGGCACUAUGGGAACCGAUCAACAGUUGGAGAGAACUCGAUUCGCUCGCGACGCCUCUCGAGUUGGGCGACGAAACGCGGCGGACACGAGCUGGGCGGAGAGACACGGCGGACACCAUUACCAGCGCCUCCAUCCAUCUCAUGGCUGGGAUCAAUUUCGUGAGGGUCAGCCCGACCGAAGUGCAAUGGAAGAGCCUCACCCUGGGGGAACCGCCUUCAUGAUCACGGUAACCCCCACGCCAGGUAAGUAUGCUCAAUUCCGGGAUCAUGGACUACUUGUCAAUUCAGCGCCGACAGGCACUAUGGGAACCGAUCAACACUUGUGA